CUAUUCAGAUAACACAACAUCCCAGUGGAUGGUUCUCAUUGAGCCUGUUUUUGAUACAAUCACUAUGAACGUCCUUCCAGGACAAGUAGUCAUCAGGAUACCACAGCUUCAGAUUGACCGGUCUCAGGAUCUGAGUAUUGUUCCUGGUCAGCAGGCAUAUAAAAUUAUUGUAAAAAUUAAUAAGAAUACAUCUGUAGAUGUGUGGUGGCCAAAUGGUUAUGGUCUUCAAACAGGUUACAAUAUGUCUGUCACUUUUCACUUUGGGGGUGAAUACCUUAUUGAAAAGUCAACUAAGGUUUAUUUCCGCACAGUUGAGCUUGUUGAGGAACCAAUUGAAAGCUCUCCAGGACUGUCUUUCUACAUUAAGAUUAAUGGAAUUCCCAUAUUCCUUAAAGGAUCCAAUUGGAUACCAGCUGACUCUUUUCAAGACCGAGUGGAUUCUGACAAACUCCGUAAUCUCCUACAGUCAGCGGUUGAUGCCAAUAUGAAUACUCUUCGUGUGUGGGGUGGAGGAAUAUAUGAGAGUGAUGAGUUCUACAACAUUUGUGACGACUUGGGCAUAAUGGUCUGGCAGGAUUUUAUGUUUGCAUGUUCCCUUUAUCCAACUGAUGAUUGUUUUAUGGAAACAGUCAAAGAAGAACUCAUUCACCAGAUUAGAAGACUUAAAUCUCACCCCUGUAUUAUUGUUUGGAGUGGCAAUAAUGAGAAUGAGGCGGCCAUAGCCAGUGACUGGUUUUCACUACCAAGCUUCAUGAAGGAGGUUUAUGCAAAGGAUUAUCGGAUUCUUUACAUUGAAACCAUCAGAGAGCUUGUCCUUGAGAUGGAUGAGACUCGUCCUUUUAUUGCUUCAAGUCCUAGCAAUGGGAAAGAGACUGUGAAGGAAAAUUGGAUUUCCAAAGACCCAUAUGACAAUCACUAUGGUGAUGUACAUUACUACAACUAUAUGACAGAUUGUUGGAACUGGACAUCAUACCCCAAACCUCGCUUAGCUUCAGAAUAUGGCUUUCAAUCUUGGCCUUCAUUUAGUACAAUAUAUAAGGUGUCUACUCGUGAUGACUGGUCUUACUCGGGCAACUUUAGUACCCAUCGUCAACAUCAUGAUUCAGGAAAUGAGCAAAUGAUGUUCCAGGCUGGGCUCCACUACAAGAUGCCAGUAAAUAUUGAUCCUGUAAAAAAGUUUCACGAUACUUUGUACCUGACCCAGGUAAUGCAGGCUCAGUGUGUGAAGCUGCAGACUGAAUUUUACAGGCGCAGUCAGAAUGAAAUUGUUGAUGGACGUGGUUUUACAAUGGGUGCACUUUACUGGCAAUUAAAUGAUAUCUGGCAAGCACCUUCUUGGUCCUCGAUAGAAUAUGGAGGCAAGUGGAAAAUGCUUCAUUAUUACGCCAAAGAUUUCUUUGCUCCUGUCGCAGCAAGCGCUUUUGAAGACCAAAAUACCUUAAACAUUUAUGGAGUAUCUGAUCUGCUGAAUGAAUGGUCUUUCAAGCUGGCAAUUAACGUCUUCAGAUGGGAUUCUCUGGUACCUGUCUGUAAAAGGUUGACUAAUGAGUUUAUUUUAAAUGCAAGGAGUUCUGGAGUAAUCUAUAAAGAAUCUAUUUCAGAACUGCUCAGUCGAUGUGGCAACACUACCAGGCAACAUAGUGUGAUUGUCUUCUAUCUGUUACACAAUGGACACAUUAUUGGUUCAAAAAACUGGCAUUUUUUAAGCUCCUUGAAGGAGGCAGAAGGUCUACUAAAAUCUAAUAUUACUGUGUCUAUUUCUAAGGAUGACACGGCUUAUGUGUUUACACUGAUUAGCGCUAAUCCAGUUGCUUUUGUUUGGCUGGAUGUCUGGGACAUUGCAGGAAGGUUCAGUGAUAAUGGCUUUCUCCUGACUGAAGAGAAGACAGUAGUUUAUUUCUAUGCCUGGGAGCCUACAACUAUAAGUAAUCUUGAGAAGUCACUCCACAUAUCCACCAUACGGGAUAUUUAUCAACAGUGAUGACUCUGUGAAGGGUUACAAAGCCUGGCACUAGAAGCGCUGUUUGAAGGGUCACAAUUUCUAACAUUGAAUAAAAUAUUUGGAUUGUAAUUCAUCUUUUUAAUACAUUAUUGUUUGGUUAUGUGCCAUAAAGUAAGUUAUAUUCACUAUU